CUGUGCCCAUCUCUUGCAUCUUACAACUUGACUGUUUUUCUCCGCUUUGUGAUUGUCUUGACAGCUUGUAGAUAGCGCACGAGCUCCGACACAGCUCGUCACAAUGGCUAGGGAUCCACCGCCUAUUGUGUCUUCCUCGGAAUUAAGAGACCUGUCCCUCGAACCUACAGAUGUACGGCCCGCUCACAUCAGCAUCAUCCACCCUCAGCUUCGUGAUCUGGUCCUACCGUUGGACAGAGCUCAUGUCCUGUACCCUAGAGGGACCAUCAUAGAAGAGCAGAGGUGGUCGCCGCCGGAGGAUAAUGAGCCCGGCCCGUCCAAAGGCGUCCGCAAUGGUACAACGAGAACGUUUGCAAGGCUCACAUUUACUCCGAAUUGUCUAACUGCAACCGGCCCUAUCAUGGCGUGUGGAGGGCAGCACGGCGAACUCUACAUGACGAAUCUUCCCUCUCGUACGGCUUCGACAGCGUCACUGAACGCUAGGUUCCCCUCGACACCGCCUCCAAUUAGACCCUUCUUCAUAUCCGUGGUAUUACCUACCAUGUCCAUCAACAACUCCAUGAUCAUUCUUCCCGGUUGGCCAGCGGAAUGGCAUCGGAAAGAGAGGGAGAGAAAAGCGAGCUUCCUGCGCCGGCACGGUCCGGUCGAUGAAGAAGAGGAGAGUGAGGAGGAAUCUUACGCUCCAGUGGACACGUUUGCCGAGGAGGAUAUUGAUGAAGAAGCUAUGGACAUGGACGACGAUGAAGAGUCUCAUCUGGAAUCUGGAAGCUCUAGCUUUGCAACGUACCCCAACACGGUCCCAUUCCUGAAUCCACCUCGGCUCCCUCAUCUCAGUCCCACGACUAAUUCGAUGGACAUUCCCGGCUCCUCCCGCCGUGCCGCUUCUUUCAGUACUGGCUACCGACCUGGCAGAGGGUCUCGCGCAUCAUUUCUUUCGUCUGUUGAACGGCCCGGGGUUCCAGGGAUCCAAUACGUGUCGUCCAGGUCACCUUCAUUCAUCUCCUCCACAGGUGCGGGUCGACGUCUCUCAAUGGCGAGUGGAAAGACUACCUCCUCACGAGAGCAGAACAGGCCCAUGGCCAUUGAUGAACCUCGACUACUUAUUUCCAAUAAUGAUCAGACCGUGAAAAUGUUCUCGCUACCUACCACGGAGAAGACCAAUUCACGCUCAGCUCUCACGGCAGCCCCUCAACUCUCAAGCCUUCCCGCUGGGCAAUAUGUACGGUCGGCCCAGAUUCCCGUGACAUCUGCAAUGCGUCGGACAGUGUCAGGAAACGAGACUGGGAGGAAUCAAGAACACGCGCCUUUUGUACAUCUGCCUCGACUUCAUGCGCCAGUGGCGCCCCCACGUCCGAGAUUCGGGUCAAGCAUAGGUUGGGACUCCAUCAGCGCCAACGAGGGUUUGAGACGAACCCAAGAUUACGACAGCGCAGAGCUACAGCGGGAGAUCGAGAGAGCUCGAGCUCAUCUUCAGCUCGAGCGCGAGUCGAGGCGUCAGACAAGGGAAGAGUUCGAAAGGGUGGUUGGAAUGAGAGUUGGUCUGGGAUCAGGUGCGGCGACGUCGUAUAUCUCCUCCAGUCGGCCCGGUCAUCGGAGUCCUGGAGAAGAUGAUUGGAGAGCUCGACCGGUUGCCGUUGCGGACAGGUCUGGUGAGACAGAAGAGCGGAAAUUGGCGAAAAUUGGAGGGGCGAGACUCAAAUGUGCUGUAAAUCAUUCCUCCAUCUCGCCUGAUCUCAAGACUAUGGUUUCGGUGGGAGAUUCGUCUGAAGUGUUUCUUUUCGAGGUGAUCGAUGGUGGACGCGAAUUCAAGCGCAUAGGAACCUAUAACGCGGCGACUGAUUCUGGCUUUUCAACGUCUUGGAGCAAAGAUGGUAGAAAAUUUGCUGUGGCCAGUCAAGAUGGCCAAGUGACAGUAUGGGACCAUCGGUCUUCCAAGCCGCUUGCGACUUUCUUUACAUCGCACAGCAGCUCCACAGGCUCACUCCCCUACUCCUGGGACCAAACCGGCUCUGACAAUGCUGCCGUUACAGCUGAACAAUUGGACCUUCGUUACCAAGCCAACCACACGAAUGUGAUGCUCGUUGAUCCUGUGACUGGAGCUCCGAGUACAGGCGCAAGUACUUCCGGCAGAGAAGCUGCAAGAGUCGUCAAGUUCUCUCCCGAAGGAAGCUGUAGAGAUCUCAUGGUGUUCUCAGAGGAGAACUCCAACAUCCACAUUGUCGAUGCGAGGACUUUUCAUACACAUGUCGUUGUCCCGGUGCCAUGGCGACCGGCCUCUUCAGCUACCGACACCCAGAGGACUGAUCGGAAGGGCGUAGAGAAUGGAGUGACGGGUAUUGCCGGGAUUGCUUUUGACCCCAGUGGAGACUGGCUAUACUCUGGAACAGAGCGCACUGUUGUUGAAUGGGACAUGAGGAGGUUAGGUGGAGGGGAGAGCGCAACCUGGCAAGUGGCUUAAGACGUGGUCCUUGCUUUAAUUCCUGUGGGCGACGUGUCUUUCUCAAUUCAUGAUUUUCAUCAAUUCUUGUCACACUGUAGCUUGUCAUUCGAACAUAUGUCUUAUGCUGGAGU